GCUAUCAAAAACUCCCUUAGCUUUAACAUGGUCACGGCUUAUUCAAUUAACUUCAAAUUGCCUCUCAAUAGUCAUUGAACUUUCGAUCAUUGCACCACACACAACACUCACCAAAUUCCAUUACCAUCAAAGCUGACGUGGUGGAUGGAAAACACACGUGGAGGGUGACAGUCGUUUCAAGUUCGACAACUCACAGAACUCAUUCACCUCACCUGAAAGCACGCACACAAAACAGGACAUUUCGCUCCAAAUCAUUCUCAUUCCAAAUUCAAUUAAAAUUCCCCAAAUCCAUUCUCCUCCCCCACAACCCUAAAUCGCAUUCGAUUCCUUUGCUACCCCACGCUCCUGCUGAACGGAAGAGCACUUGCAUUGAUAUAUUCAAACCACUCACAUAGAGGGACCACAUGGAGGGUUAUUCAUAGAGCAUAGGUUUCACUUGAAAUGUGCAGUCUACUCUCAAAACGAGGAAGAUUUAAACUUUAUUACCUCUGUGAAUGAGUUGGAUUUGGAAGAUCACGAUGUCCUGUACAAUGAGAAUGUUACUGAAGGGAUCGAAGUAGGAGUUGAUGGGGAUGAUGAGCAAGACCCGGACUUCAUUGAUUCUGACAGGGAGUUAGAUGUAGAUGAUGAUGAUGAUGCUACGAUAUUCGAGUAUAGUGUAACAGAUGAUGAUGACCCUGACUUUGUUGCUUCUAAGAAUGAAUUGGACUUUCAAUAUAACAUAUUGUACGACUGUAAUGUGACAAAUGGGAUUGAAGUUGGUCUGAAUACAGAUGAUUUAGAACAUGACAACGAGUUAGGGAAUGCACAUCCAGUUGAAGAAGGGUUUGAAGUGGGUGAUGAAUUGGGGGUAUCUGUCUUCUGAAGAAUUGAUAUCUGGUGAUUCAUGAAACGAUGAGGUUUGCUGCAAGUUUCCAGAGUUUUUGGCCGAAACUCAAAUGAGCAAUCUGCAGUUCGAGGUGGGACAACUUUUCAUGGAUGUUGUAGAGUUCUGUAAAGCAGUAAGAAAUUAUGAUGCAGUAAAUGGCUAUAAUGUUAAAUUCAAGGCCAUUGAUGCGAAAGAGUUUUGGGCGUUUGCAAAGAUGGAUGCAAAUGGAGGAUUUGGGCAUUGUAUAUGGGUUACAAAAACGGGGUCCAAGUGCAAUCAUACAGUCUGGACCACACGUGCAGUCGACACCAAUACAACAGGAAUUGUAAUUAAUAUUUCUUGGUGCAAUGUUAUAUUAACCAAUUAAAGGCUGACCCAAAUUGGAAAAGAAGGAACAUACUUGCCACGGUUAAAGAAGACCUAAAGACUUAGAUUAGUAGGAACAUUGCUUGGAAGAUGAGGAGAUGUGCAAACAAAUUGUUGAAUAGAACUAGUGAGGAUUAGUUUGUGGCGUAAAGGUGCUAUGGUUCUGAAAUUUUAUGUACAAAUCCUGGGUCAACUGUCGUUAUAGCGACCAAUACUCAACAUAUAUUCCAUGGGAUUUACGUUUGCUUCAAGGCUUGAAAAACAGGUUUUGUAGACGGUUAUAGGAGGGUUAUUGGAGUUGAUGGGUGCCAUUUGUGUGGAAUCUUUGGUUAUAUACUGCUUACUACUGUUGGACACAAUGCCAACGAUUGUAUAUACCUUGUUGCUUAUGUUGUUGUUAAGAAAGAAAACAUGCUAGCAUGGCGAUGGUUCAUGAAAUAUCUUUCUAAUGAUAUUCAAAUUGGUAGUGGCGACCAAUGGACAUUUAUGACUGAUCGACAAAAAGGUCUCCAAAAUGUCAUAAAUGAAAUGUUCCCUGAGGUCGAGCGUAGAUUUUGUGUACACACAUGUACACCAACUACUUCACAGCAGGGUAUAAGGGCAAAACUUUGAGGGACUUUCUAUGGAAAGCUGCAAAGUCAACAAUGGUUGUUGACUUUAUGCAUUGGAUGUGUCAGAUUCGUAAUGUAAGUUAAAGAGUAUAUGGAUGGUUGAUGGAAAGACCUGCACAAGAGUAGAGUGAGUCUCAUUUCUUGGUGUUCACAAAGUGUGGCAUCUUACUAAACAAUGGCUGCGAGGUGUUCAAUAAGAUAUUGUUGGAAGAUCGAAAGAAGCUUAGUCUAUCAAUGCAAUCGACGUUUAUGACUAGAAUACUGAAACAAUGAGAUAUGAUGUAGAGAUACAAUUGCAAGUUGUGUCCAGAGAUUAUAAAACGUGUUGAUAAACUUGUGGAGGCUUCAAGAGAAUGCAUACUAUAUCUGUUGCAAGGUCCUAAAUGGCAGGUUGAUUGCAGCAAUGGGACAUACAUUGUUGACCUUGAGGAGAAAACUUGUGCUUGUAGAAGAUGGAAGUUGACUAGAAUUCCUUGCAUUCAUGCAAUAGCAGUGAUAUGGAAUGUAGAAAUGAACCGGAAGAUUUUGUUGACAAUUACCACAUUGUUGACUCAUACUUACGUAGCUACAACAACAUCCUAAACCCAAUUAACAGCAGGAUGCUAUGGUUCCACCAAAGUGGGAAAAUACUGUGAAGGGCAAGAGGCAGACAGAGAGGAUAAAAUUGGUAGAAAAGAUGAUUGUACAUUUAUAAAGGAAAUCAUAUGUGAGGAAGAAGGGUCAAGUUUCAAUGACGUGUUCCAUUUGCGGGCUACAUGGACAUUACAAACGUUACCACGACAAGAAAGAUGUACCAAAUAAUAAUUGGUUUGAAGGAGAGAUAGAACCUGUUGAAUUCCCAAGCUCGCGUGAUGUCACUCCAACGGGAAAAUUGGCUCCAAUAAGGAGAAGAAAAGCAUCGUCGAGCCAUGCAUCAACCAUAGUUGGAAAUACUACCCAGUCCAUGGACUCUAGGGUAGAGGUUCAGGAAAAUGUGACAUUGGAAGAUACAGCUGUUGAUUUCCAACAACUUAACGAAAGCGAGUCUUCACAAUUACGGGCUGCCAGAGUUGAAGCUUGUUGAAACUCCAAGAUCACCGUUGCUACUUCUAAACGCCGUGACUGAUGAUUUGGGAUUUCGAUCAACUACUUUUACUUUUGGAUGACUUUAAUGUUAGUUUUCUAUUUAAUGGCGUAUGUUUUUUGAGAGAUCAAACUCAAAAUGAUACUCAGGAAUUUGAAAAUGCAGUGCCGUUCAAUUUUUUUAUGAAACCUGUGAUGAGCAAACUUGAUUCUUAAGUGAAUUACAGCGAUGUUGAAUGUUA